AUGGGAAUUACUCUUGACGAUAUUACUCUUCAUCAUACUGGACAUUCUGGAUUUCUUAUUGAAACCAAAACAGUAAAUAUUUAUAUUGAUCCUUUUAAACUUACUACUCUUCCAGCUGAGCAAUUAGAUUACCUUAAAGCUCAUAAAGCUACUUUUAUAAUUACUACCCAUACUCAUAAUGACCAUUUAAGUCCUGAAGAUAUUGCUCUUAUUGAAGAUGAAAACACUAUUUUCAUUGCUCCACCAUGUUGUAAAGUUCUUACUACUAAACCACAUUAUAUUAAAUUGUGUGUUGGAGAUGUUGUUACUGAAAAAGGAAUUCAAUUCCAAGGUGUUGAUGCUUAUAAUACUAACAAGAACUUCCACCUUAAAUCAAUGGGAUUUAUUGGUGUAAUUAUUACAAUCAAUGGAAAAAGAAUUUAUCAUGCUGGUGAUACUGAUGUUAUUGAAGAAAUGAAAACUUAUACUAAUCUUGAUGUUGCUCUUAUACCUGUUAGUGGAACUUAUGUUAUGACUGCUGAUGAAGCUAUUGUUGCUGCUGGACUUAUUCAAUCUAAGUGCUAUGUUCCAAUGCAUUGGGGAAUUAUUAUUGGAGAUAAAGCUAUGGCUGAACACUUUGUUGCUUCAGUGAAAGGAGCUAUUCUUCCUUCUUUCUAA